AGCGUUGAGCCUGCAGAGUUACAGCGGGUCGGGAUUGCGUUUAUCCCCUCUCGUCUAUCUGUCUCUCGCUCUCUUUUUUUGCUCUCGCAGGUGUGAAGGAAGGUGUCGGCGAUGGCUCGGGGCUGCGCCAGCAAACUGCUCGCCUCUGUGCUGGGAGCCUCCUUCACUUGUUUGUUGGUUCUGGUGGUGGAUCAGCGGCAACCGACGCCUCUACAGAGCGGGCUGCAGCUCCGGAGCCGCUCGCUGCACAGCUGGCAGAGUCCGGGGGAGGAGGAGGUGGUGGUGGUGGGGGUGGGAGAGGCAGCUACCGAGCAGCCCCGGCCACAGAGCGCCUCCGGUCCGCCGCCCAGAAGCUUGAGAGACUACUUCACCGAGCUGAGCCGGGACAGGGACAGGCAACAGGGCGCCGCGGCCGAACUCAAGCCGCUGUUACAGCCCACUGGGGCGGCUGCCACCCCACUGCCGUUCCGGGACGAUAUCACCAGCGGAGACCUCUUCAUCGCGGUGAAGACCACCAAGAAAUUCCACCGCUCCCGGCUGGAGCUGCUCCUGGACACCUGGAUAUCCCGCAACAGAGAGCAGACGUACAUCUUCACUGAUGGGGAAGAUGAGGAGUUAAAGACAAAGUCAGGCCACGUGGUCAACACUAACUGCUCGGCUGCCCACAGUCGACAGGCUCUGUCAUGCAAGAUGGCGGUGGAAUACGACAAGUUCAUCGAGUCGGGCAAGAAGUGGUUUUGUCACGUGGAUGAUGACAAUUACGUGAACACGCGGACGCUGGUGAAGCUACUGGCACAGUACCCGCACACACAGGACAUCUACAUUGGGAAACCCAGCCUGGACCGUCCCAUCGAGGCCACGGAGCGGAUCAGUGAUAACAAAGUGCAGCCGGUACAUUUCUGGUUUGCAACGGGAGGAGCUGGAUUCUGCAUCAGCCGAGGCUUGGCAUUGAAGAUGAGUCCGUGGGCAAGCGGAGGCCACUUCAUGAGCACUGCGGAGAAGAUCCGUCUACCAGACGACUGCACCAUUGGCUACAUCGUGGAGGCGGUUCUGGGGGUGAAGUUGAUCCGCAGCAACCUGUUCCACUCUCACCUGGAGAACCUGCAGCAAGUCAUGCGAGCUGACAUUCCUAACCAGGUCACACUCAGCUACGGCACGUUUGAAAAUAAAAGGAAUGCCAUUAAUCUGAAAGGGGGCUUUUCUGUCGAAGAGGACCCAUCUCGGUUUCGAUCGAUUCAUUGUCUUCUGUAUCCCGACACUCCCUGGUGUCCCCGCAGUGGUGUUUACUGAUCGCGAACCUCGUCCCAUGUAGACCCCAGUAUGUGAAGGGGUUGUGGCGACCACUAUGUCUGGCUCUUGUGUAGCUGCGUUAAGGCUCGUUGCUGAUUGAAAGGCUGCUGUGCGGUCUGGAUGUAUCGAUAGUCUUUAGUAUCUCCUCCUGUUCUUUGUCUAUGACGGGGGCAGAGCCAUGUUUAGAUUCUGAUUCUGAACAGGAACCGGCAGAAGGCAAAGAGGCACCAGGGGAACGAGCGGUUUGUGUGCCAUGUGAUUAAAUUUUCUCCAAGUGUGAAAUUGUAAGUGUUGCUGUUGUAUCAGCGAAUCUUUUGGAAUGUAAGCCAGUCACUCCUUCCAGCCAGUUUUAAACACUUGCUCGCGCUAGGAACUGCAGAUGCUGGUUUAUCAA